AUGUCACUAAGACUAGCGGAAUUGCAAGAUGGACCUUCGCAAUGGCCAGAUAUCGCGGAUGCCGCCCGGAUACUUUGGCUAGCUUCAAUCUCGCCAGACAUCAUUGCGUUCCGCCACGAACUGCCCACUUACUACCCAAACACGUCUUACUCGGCGACAGAGCUUUGGACUGGGCUCAAUGCGAGUCGCAGAGCUGUCUUUGUUGCCAUCGACGAAAAUAUAACCAUUGCUUUCGAGGGAUCGGAUCGCAACGAGCUGGUCAAGAACACCUGGGCCAAUGCCAAAGGGCCCAAUUGGUGGGACAUACCAUACGCUGUAUACGAUGGUGGCAACCGAGUACAUAGCUUCUUCCGCGACAUGUGGUACGGCAUGCGCGACGAGACUUUUCGCGCACUUUCGGAAGCAAUACGAAACAUCAAAGAGAAGGGCUCUACACCGAGGAAAAUAACCAUCGCUGGUUUCUCCCAGGGUGGUGGCGUGAGCACGUGA